CCUUCCCCCUCCCCGCCCAGCAGCGGUCGCUCGGGCCAGGCUCUCGGUUAUAAGAUGGCGGCGCUGAGCGGCGGCGGCGGCGGCGCGGAGCAGGGCCAGGCUCUGUACAACGGGGACAUGGAGCCUGAGGCCGGCGCCGCGGCCUCUUCGGCUGCGGACCCGGCCAUUCCCGAGGAGGUGUGGAAUAUCAAACAAAUGAUUAAAUUGACACAGGAGCAUAUAGAGGCCCUACUGGACAAAUUUGGUGGGGAGCAUAAUCCACCAUCAAUAUAUCUGGAGGCCUAUGAAGAAUACACCAGCAAGCUAGAUGCCCUCCAACAAAGAGAACAACAGUUAUUGGAAUCCCUGGGGAAUGGAACUGAUUUUUCUGUUUCUAGCUCUGCAUCAACAGACACCGUUACAUCUUCUUCCUCUUCUAGCCUUUCAGUGCUGCCUUCAUCUCUUUCAGUUUUUCAAAAUCCCACAGAUGUGUCACGGAGCAACCCCAAGUCACCACAAAAACCUAUCGUUAGAGUCUUCCUGCCCAAUAAACAGAGGACAGUGGUACCUGCAAGGUGUGGAGUUACAGUCCGGGACAGCCUAAAGAAAGCACUGAUGAUGAGAGGUCUAAUCCCAGAGUGCUGUGCUGUUUACAGAAUUCAGGAUGGAGAGAAGAAACCAAUUGGCUGGGACACUGAUAUUUCCUGGCUUACUGGAGAGGAAUUGCAUGUAGAAGUGUUGGAGAAUGUUCCACUUACAACACACAACUUUGUACGGAAAACUUUUUUCACCUUAGCGUUUUGUGACUUCUGUCGAAAGCUGCUUUUCCAGGGGUUCCGCUGUCAAACAUGUGGUUAUAAAUUUCACCAGCGUUGUAGUACAGAGGUUCCACUGAUGUGUGUUAAUUAUGACCAACUUGAUUUGCUGUUUGUCUCCAAGUUCUUUGAACACCACCCAAUACCACAGGAGGAGGCCUCCUUAGCAGAGACUACCCUUACGUCUGGAUCAUCCCCUUCUGCACCCCCCUCCGAUUCUAUUGGGCCCCCAAUUCUCACCAGUCCGUCUCCUUCAAAAUCCAUUCCAAUUCCACAGCCUUUCCGACCAGAUGAAGAUCAUCGAAAUCAGUUUGGACAACGAGACCGGUCCUCAUCAGCUCCAAAUGUGCAUAUAAACACCAUAGAACCUGUCAAUAUUGAUGACUUGAUUAGAGACCAAGGGUUUCGUAGUGAUGGAGGAUCAACCACAGGUUUAUCUGCCACGCCCCCUGCCUCAUUACCUGGCUCACUCACUAAUGUGAAAGCAUUACAGAAAUCUCCAGGACCUCAGCGAGAAAGGAAGUCAUCUUCAUCCUCAGAAGACAGGAAUCGAAUGAAAACACUUGGUCGACGGGAUUCAAGUGACGAUUGGGAGAUUCCUGAUGGACAGAUCACAGUGGGACAAAGAAUUGGAUCCGGGUCAUUUGGGACAGUCUACAAGGGAAAGUGGCAUGGUGAUGUGGCAGUGAAAAUGUUGAAUGUGACAGCACCCACACCUCAGCAGUUACAGGCCUUCAAAAAUGAAGUAGGAGUACUCAGGAAAACUCGACAUGUGAAUAUCCUACUCUUCAUGGGUUAUUCAACAAAGCCACAACUGGCUAUUGUUACCCAGUGGUGUGAGGGCUCCAGCUUAUAUCAUCAUCUCCACAUCAUUGAGACCAAAUUCGAGAUGAUCAAACUUAUAGAUAUUGCACGGCAGACUGCACAGGGCAUGGAUUACUUACACGCCAAGUCAAUCAUCCACAGAGACCUCAAGAGUAAUAAUAUUUUUCUUCAUGAAGACCUCACAGUAAAAAUAGGUGAUUUUGGUCUAGCCACAGUGAAAUCUCGAUGGAGUGGGUCCCAUCAAUUUGAACAGUUGUCUGGAUCCAUUUUGUGGAUGGCACCAGAAGUAAUCAGAAUGCAAGAUAAAAACCCAUAUAGCUUUCAGUCAGAUGUAUAUGCAUUUGGGAUUGUUCUGUAUGAAUUGAUGACCGGACAGUUACCUUAUUCAAACAUCAACAACAGGGACCAGAUAAUUUUUAUGGUGGGACGAGGAUAUCUAUCUCCAGAUCUCAGUAAGGUACGGAGUAACUGUCCAAAAGCCAUGAAGAGGUUAAUGGCAGAGUGCCUAAAAAAGAAAAGAGAUGAGAGACCACUCUUUCCCCAAAUUCUCGCCUCUAUUGAGCUGCUGGCCCGCUCAUUGCCAAAAAUUCACCGCAGUGCAUCCGAACCCUCUUUGAAUCGGGCUGGCUUCCAAACAGAGGAUUUUAGUCUGUAUGCUUGUGCUUCUCCAAAAACACCCAUCCAAGCAGGGGGAUAUGGUGCGUUUCCUGUCCAUUUAACAAACUAAAUGAGUGACAGAGUGUAGGACGAUAGGGACAAAGGAAAGUGAACAUUUGUUUGCUUACAUAUUUGUUAAAUUGAAUAGGAUUUUUUUUUUAAGGUGAACAAAA